AUGAGUGAAGACACACAACGUGAGGUUCCUGAGACUAUAUUUGACGAAGAAGAAGGUUACAACGAGUCUGAAGACGAGGAUUUUGACCCACACAACUUGGAAAAUGGACCACAGGAUGAGGAUGAAGACAAUGAAGUAGACGACUAUAAAGAACAGGAGAAGAAGUAUUCAGGGAUUGAAAGUGAAACAGGGGGGCUUGUGAAGACUAGGAGAGCUAGAGCAGCGGAGGAUGCGUUCAAUGAAAAGAACAAAUACGAAACUUUACAGGAAGGUCAUAUUUCUGAUGCUAUAGGUAACAUCUGGGAGGAAAUGAACAGACAGAGUGAGCAGCGGUUGUCUCAUAACGGUGCUAAGGGCUCAAUCUUGUCUGACACCCCAGCGGAAACCACCACUGGAGAUAUGCAAGAAGAGCAGAUUCUCAUUGAAAGAUCUUAUAAAUUUGCGGGAGAAAUGGUCCACGAAAAGAAAUGGGUUUCCAGAGCAAGUGCAGAGGGUAAGGAGUAUUUGAAUAGUUUGAAAUUCAAAUACGACCCUGCUCAAGAGGCCAAGAAAGUAGUUAAGCCAACAGAUCAGACAAAGGGAUUAAAUCUUCGUAGACCUUUGAAAAGACCACCAAUAUUGGAACAAAUCAUCGCGGGAGCUUUGAAACCUAAACUAACAACGCUAGAGAAAUCUAAAUUGGACUGGGUCACUUAUGUGGACAAGGAAGGUAUCACAGAAGAAUUGGCGCUGCACAACAAGGACGGGUAUCUUUCCAAACAAGACUUCCUCAACCGUGUAGAGACGCACAAGGACAAGCAAUACAAGGAGCUCAGACGCAAGCAGUUGGAAAUGCAGUUUCAACAGCAGAAGUAA